GGGCGGAUUCGUCAAGUAGCAACUCCCCGGACGCACGCAGGCCUCAGAGCCCCCCAACUUCCGUGGCCCCUCGGCCCUGAAACCUGAAGCAGGGUAGGGGUCCAGCAUGAAGCCCCCGGACCGCCCCACCCCUGGCCGCACUGACCGGAUACUGGGGGUCAUGGGGGGCAUGCUGCGCGCAUGCGCCGUACCCGGGCAGGAGGGGCCCCCGACGAGAGAUCCCUUAGGGCCUGGGAGUACCAAGACAGAGAAUGGUUGUUCGGAGUUGGAUCAGCCAGGGGAGCGCGAACGUGAGGUCCUCGCCUGGGCUCCGCAGCUCGAGUCCUAUUCAGUUGCUGGUAGUGAGGGGAGCGUGUCAGCAUCCGCCGUCUCGGGUCUGGCUGCCCUGUCUGGCCCCAGCUCUGGCCUCAGCUCUCACCCUUGCUCUCCGGUCCCCCCUGGACCAGUAACUGGCCUAAGGAGAUGGUUGGAUCACUCCAAACAUUGUCUCAGUGUGGAAACCGAGGCAGACAAUGGUCAAACGGGACAAUAUGAGAACUGGAUGCUGGAGCCAACUCUAGCCACAGGGGAAGAGUUGCCAGAACUGACCUUGUUGAGUUCAUUGUUGGAGAGACCUGGAGACAAGGCACAGCCACCUGAGGAGGAAAUUUUGUCUCAAGCACCCGAGAAUGAGGAAGAACAGAGGAGAGCGGCCCUGGAAAGGAGUAUGUUUGUCCUGAGCGAGCUGGUAGAAACAGAAAAAAUGUAUGUGGAAGACUUGGGGCAGGUUGUAGAGGGCUACAUGGCUACCAUGGCUACUCAGGGGGUCCCUGAGAGCCUUCGAGGGCGUGACAGGAUUGUGUUUGGGAACAUUCAGCAAAUCUAUGAGUGGCACCGAGACUAUUUCCUGCAGGAGCUUCAGCAGUGUUUGAAAGAUCCUGAUUGGUUGGCUCAGCUGUUCAUCAAACACGAGCGCCGGCUGCAUAUGUAUGUGGUAUACUGUCAGAAUAAACCAAAGUCGGAACAUGUGGUCUCAGAGUUUGGGGACAGCUACUUUGAGGAGCUCAGGCAGCAGCUGGGGCACCGUCUGCAGCUCAAUGACCUUCUCAUUAAACCUGUGCAGAGAAUUAUGAAGUACCAGCUGCUGCUCAAGGAUUUUCUAAAGUAUUAUAGAAGAGCUGGGAUGGCUACUGAAGAGCUGGAGCAAGCUGUGGAGGUCAUGUGCUUCGUACCCAAGCGCUGCAAUGAUAUGAUGUCCCUGGGGAGACUUCGGGGAUUUGAGGGAAAACUGACCGCUCAGGGGAAGCUCUUGGGCCAGGACACAUUCUUGGUUACAGAGCCUGAGACUGGGGGUCUGCUUUCUUCCCGGGGUCGAGAGAGGCGCGUCUUCCUGUUUGAGCAAAUAGUCAUCUUCAGCGAGGCCCUGGGUGGAGGAGGCCGAGGCGGCAUGCAGCCUGGCUAUGUUUACAAGAGCAGUAUCAAGGUGAGCUGCCUGGGACUGGAGGGAAACCUCCAAGGCAACCCUUGCCGUUUUGCGCUGACCUCUAGGGGGCCGGAAGGCGGGAUACAGCGUUAUGUCCUGCAGGCUGCAGAUCCUGCAGUCAGCCAGGCAUGGAUCAAGCAAGUGGCCCAGAUCCUGGAAAGCCAGCGUGAUUUUCUCAACGCACUGCAGUCUCCCAUUGAGUACCAGAGACGUGAGAGCCAGACCAACAGCCUGGGGAGACCAGGAUGGCCUGGGGUAGGGAGCCCUGGGAGAAUGCAGCCUGGAGACCUGGCCCAGGUCAGCAUGCACACACCCAUCAAUGGCUCUCUCCCCUCCCUGCUGCUUUUGCCCAAAGGGGAGGUGCCCAGAGUGCCCUUGCUCCUUGACACACAGGCUCUCGGUGAUACCCUGCAGACUCCCUAUGACUCCCCAGCCCUCCCGACUGUGAGCACUCCUCCCUGCCAGGCCAGGCUUGCCAAGCUGGACGAAGAUGAGCUGUAAUGUGGGAAGGCCUUGGGAGCCGCUGUGCUGACUCAGCCACUG